AUGACGAAUCCCUUCCAGCAUUUCGCAGGAGACUCGUCCACGGGUGGCACUCCCACACCCCUAGUCCCUACGCUCCUGGGCCAGCGUCGAACGUCAUAUGCGUCGGUGGUGUCUGGCACACCAGGGCUGGCUCGCCCGACGAGAGCUGGUGCUUUCUCACAUCUCCUAAACCCAGCCGCCGACAGCGACUCACACAGCAAUCUAUACGCCACGGCACGGAAUUACAAUCUCGACGCAGGCAUGGCACAAGGUCGGAACGGCGUCCCGGGUAGUGGUAGCGGUAGCGGCCGAGGCGGGGGAAGUGGUGCUGGUGGUGGCGACCCCGGCGACUCGGGCGAUGAUGGCCCGAUUGCCUCGCUUGGCCCGCAGUGGCAGCCCCGACCAGGGAACGGCCUGCCGUGGUUCUCGCGCGCCUUCGACCACCUCAUCACCCCCGACGAACUGCUAGCAUCGGCCGGCAUCACCGACUUCAGCUUCGGCGGCGCCCUGGCCAGCGCAGGUGGCUCUGGAUUUCUGUCGCCGUCGUAUCUGCGCGGGUCCGUAUAUCUGCAGGAGCUUGAGGAGGCGCAUAGGGCUAAGCUUAUCGCGGAGCGAGAGGGCAACGCCGCCAAGACACAAGCGGCGGCCGGGCUCGCCAGCAACGGCAGCACCCAGCUGCAAGGCGCUUCCAAGCUGCCCUCGGGCACCCACCGCGGGGUCGCGUUUGAGCUGGUCGAGAAGCAGCCCGUCAUCGAGGACGACGACGACUUGAACCCGCUGCCGUCGCGGUGGAACAAGGACGACAAGGACACGUCCCUCGAUGUGCUGGGCGAUGGCCUCGAGGUCAAGUUCACCGGGCGGACAACAAGCGAGCACGAGGCCUGCUCGAUACGGGCAGACUACCCCAUGCCGGCGCUGUGCGGGGUUUACUACUUUGAGUUAACCGUAUUAAAUAAGAAGCGGGACGAAACAACGAUCGGCAUCGGCUUCUCAAGCAGAUCCGUGUCGCUACAAAGGCCGCCCGGCUGGGAACCCGAGUCGUGGGGCUACCAUGGCGACGACGGCCGCUGUUUUGCUGCCCAGAACGUAGGGAAAUCGUACGGCCCCAAGUUCGGCUCUGGGGAUACAGCCGGCUGCCUGGUAAACUUCCGGCUGGGCCACGCGCUGUUCACGAAAAACGGCGUGGAUUUAGGCAUCGCAUUCAGAGACGUGAAUUUCAAAGACGUGAAGGGAAAACUCUACCCCACAAUCGGGCUGAAGAAGCCGGGCGACCACGUUCUAGUCAACUUCGGACAGCGCCCAUUUCAGUUCGAUAUUGACGGGUAUAUGAAGAAGCAGCAAAAAAUGAUAUCCGAUAGCAUUAAAAACGCAGAUCCCUCUAGCCUGGCGCCCCCGCUGGCAGAGUCAGAGCUCAUUCAGCAACUGGUGCUCCAGUUCCUACAACACGACGGCUACGUGGAGUCGGCGCGGGCCUUUGCCGAAGAGAUACUUGGCGAGAAGAAGGCGCUCUGCCUGGGCCCCAACGAGCAUGUCGAGGGCAUCAACAUCAAGGACGACGAAGAUGCAAACAACCGGCAACGCAUCCGCCGCGCCAUCCUUGACGGCGACAUAGACCGCGCCCUCAAGUACGUCGACAUGUUCUAUCCGUCAGUGCUCAAGGACAACGAGCAGGUCUACUUUAGCCUCCGCUGCCGCAAGUUCAUCGAGAUGAUCCGCAAAGAGGCCGAACUGAACCUGCUGCUUGAGAAGAAGUUGGCGAAAUUCACAAAGCGGCGGUUUAGCCAAGGCGUUGAUGCAGCGGCAGCGGGAGCACAGAUUAGUCACGGCGAGGAAGACGACGAGGAGAUGCUCGAGGUGGACGAGGUCGGGAACGGUCACGGCAACGGCCACUGGACGGGCGGCCACCACGAGGAAGCAGAAGACGACGACGGCAUGGACGUGGAGGACGGCGCCAGCGCUAACGGUAACGGCUUCGGCGGCGUCAGCAAGCUGUCUCAGGACGCCCUCGCCUACGGCAUGGAGCUCCGCGCAGAGUUCCACGCCGACCCCCGCCGUGAAAUUUCGCACCGCCUUGAGGAGAUAUUCGCCCUCAUCGCGUAUCCCAACCCGCUAAAGGUCAAGGAGGUCGCGCACCUCUUGGACGGGAGCGGCCGCGUUACCGUGGCCGAGGAGCUGAACUCGGCGAUACUGAUGUCACUGGGCAAGUCAUCGCGCGCGGCCCUCGAGAACGUCUUCGCGCAGACGGUCGUCCUGCUCGAGGAUCUGCGCAAGGACGGCGGCGACGGCGCCUUUGUCACGGUGCAGAGCGUCUUUGACGAAGUUCCCAUGUCGUCGCCGUUUUGA